AACUGUCUCACCUAAAUCAGGGGCACAUCCCCAAAGUCUCUGGGAUCUGACAGGGCCUCAGAACCUGGGAAUUCAAUUCGCGCGUGGGCGGAGACGGCGACCCAACUGCCGGAAGUGACGUAUGGCUGCAGCCUAGCAACCAGGGAGCAGACUCUAGGAUCAAGCAAGAGCGCGGGUGCCUCCUGGGUGGGGGUGGGGAUGUGAUUUCGUGAGGAGAAUUUGAGAACUUUUGCUACCAAUAUUGAGGAAUUAUAAAAAAAAUUAUAUCCUCCAAUUUUUAAGUUGUAAAAUCCAAUUAUGAGUGAUCAAAUCAAAUUCAUUGUGGACAAUCUCAAUAAGGAGCCUUUUAAGAAGAACUAUAAUUUAAUUACCUUUGAUUCCCUGGACCCAAUGCAACUAUUACAAGUUCUUAAUGAUGUUCUGGCUGAGAUUGACCCAAAGCAAGUUGUUGAUAUCAGAGAGGAGAUGCCAGAACAGACAGCCAAACGCAUGUUCAGCCUUCUUGGUAUCCUUAAAUACAAGCCUCCGGGAAAUGCCACAGACGUGAGUACCUUCCGUCAGGGUUUGGUGAUUGGAAGUAAACCUGUAGUUUACCCAGUGCUUCACUGGCUUCUUCAGAGGACUAAUGAGCUGAAGAAAAGAGCAUAUUUAGCUCGAUUUUUAAUAAAACUGGAAGUACCAAGUGAAUUUCUUCAGGAUGAAAUUGUGGCUGACACCAAUAAACAGUAUGAAGAGUUGAUGGAAGUCUUUAAAACCUUGCAUAAAGAAUGUGAACAACUCAAGACAUCUGGAUUUUCUACAGCAGAAAUAAGAAGGGAUAUCGGUGCAAUGGAAGAAGAAAAGGAUCAGCUCAUUAAGAGAGUUGAACGUUUGAAGAAAAGGGUGGAGACAGUUCCAAAUCACCAGCAGAUGCUUAAAAUAGCAAGGCAACUUCGAGUUGAAAAAGAGAGAGAAGAAUGUCUUGCACAACAGAAACAGGAACAAAAGAAUCAGCUAUUUCAUGCAGUUCAGAGACUGCAAAGAGCACAGAACCAGCUGAAAAGUAUGCGUCAUGCUGCCGCGGAUGCAAAGCCUGAAAGUUUAAUGAAGAGGCUGGAGGAAGAGAUAAAGUUUAAUUCAUAUAUAGGAGCUGAAAAACUUUCUAAGGAAUUAGAGAACAAGAAAAAUGAAUUGCAUUUUUUGCAAAAAGUGGUUACAGAGCCAGCUAUGGGCCAUUCAGAUCUUCUUGAACUUGAAACUAAAAUAAAUGAAGUAAACACACAGAUUAAUCAACUGAUUGAAAAGAAAAUGAUGAGAAAUGAGCCAGUUGAAGGCAAACUCUCACUAUACAGGCAACAGGCAUCCAUCAUUUCUCAUAAAAAAGAAGCCAAGGCAGAGGAGCUUCAGGAGGCCAAGGAGAAGUUAGCCAAUCUAGAGAGAGAAGUGUCAGUAAAGAGAAACCAAAUUCGUGAAUUUGAUGGCACUGAAGUUUUGAAGGGAGAUGAGUUCAAACGAUAUGUCAGUAAACUUCGAAGCAAGAGUACAGUUUUCAAAAAGAAGCAUCAGAUAAUAGCUGAAUUUAAGGCUGAGUUUGGUCUUUUGCAGAGAACGGAAGAACUUCUUAAGCAAUGUCAUGAAAAUAUUCAGCAUCAGUUGCAAGCUGUUGAGGAGAAAAGGGGUAUCUCUGGAUAUAGUUACACCCAGGAAGAGCUAGAGAGAGUGUCAGCGCUGAAGAGUGAAGUCGAUGAAAUGAAGGGACGCACGUUGGAUGACAUGUCUGAAAUGGUAAAAAAACUGAAUUCCCUGGUAUCUGAAAAGAAGUCAGCCCUAGCCCCAGUUAUAAAAGAACUACGCCAGUUGCGUCAGAAAUGUCAAGAACUAACCCAGGAAUGUGACGAAAAGAAAUCCCAGUAUGAUAGCUGUGCAGCAGGCCUUGAAAGCAGUCGGUCCCAAUUAGAACAGGAAGUUAGAGGACUCCGUGAGGAAUGUCUUCAAGAAGAAAGUAAAUACCAUUAUACAAAUUGUAUAAUUAAGAACCUAGAAGUUCAGCUUUGUCGUGCAACUGAAGAGAUGCAGGCCUAUGUCUCUUCUGAUCAACAGGAAAAAAGGAAGGCAAUCAGGGAACAGUAUACCAAAAACAUUGCUGAACAAGAAAACCUUGGAAAGAAACUCCGGGAAAAACAAAAAGCUGUACGAGAAAGCCAUGGUCCGAAUAUGAAACAAGCAAAAAUGUGGCGUGAUUUGGAAAAACUGAUGGAAUGUAAGAAGCAGUGCUUUCUGAAACAACAAAGCCAAACUUGCAUUGGUCAGGUAAUUCAGGAGGGUGGAGAGGACCGGCUGAUACUCUGAAUCCAUGUCAUCGUUGGGCUUUUCGUCCAUGUUUCUUACAUGGUCCCAUAAUGUGUUUCUUUCUUUCAGAGUGACUUGUAUACAUGUUGCUUUCAAGUUAGCCAUCCUUUGUUUUUUUGGAAAAUAAAGUUAGGUAGAUUUUGGUUUUAAAGUUAUUUUAAUACGAAGAAGAGACUUUUAUUGUUUUGGUUCCUUUUGACAUCAGUGGUGUCUUCUGAGUUUUAUGAGAGAGGAGACUGAGUUUACUAUCUCUAAAAGUAAACAUGUGUCCAUUAAACAUGCAUUUUUGUAAAUGUAAUAACCCACUAGCUUAAUGUUUUUUUUUAACUUUAGAGGAAUCUUAGGAACUAAUGCCUCUUGUUUUGAAGAAACAUUUAUCUGAAGUUCAUCAUUCCUACAGUUUCACUUCAGUUUCUUUUUCUUUUGUAAA